AUGCAACGCCCCUCGUUAGGGACAGAGCGGAAGGAGUGAGUGAGCGUGUGAGUGUGAGCGAAAGAACGAGGAAAAAAAAAAGAGUGUGGGCAGACGGUGUGCCGGGAGAAAGACAGCCAAGUUUGGAAGUGACCGAAACCAGAAUUUUGGUUGAGUUUUCGAGACUAGAACGAGGCUCCAUUCAAAGCGAACGGCGCGCGCCAGUUUCCCUCCCUGAUACUGAGUGAUCGGAGCGGGUAGAGUCGAAGCGGCACAUUGCUCUGAUGAUCAUGACGGCAGCUGUCGAUAUGAAGCCGACGUUGACAAUCAUAAAGGCUGAAAAGAUGGACGAUCCGGAGUGUGGAGAUGUUCCGCUGCUAACUCCCGGAAGUAAAGAAAUGAUGUCCCAAGCUCUAAAGGCUACGUUCAGUGGCUUCACCAAAGAACAGCAGCGACUGGGUAUUCCCAAAGACCCCAGACAAUGGUCGGAAAGCCACGUAGCGGCGUGGCUAACGUGGACUGUGAACGAGUUCAGUCUGAAGAACGUCGACUUUGACAGAUUCUGCAUGAAUGGCGGCAGCCUGUGCGCCAUGGGCAAGGAGCGCUUCCUGGACUUAGCGCCUGAUUUUGUUGGCGACAUCCUUUGGGAGCAUUUAGAAAUGCUUCAAAAAGAAGACACAAAGCAUUACCCCAACAACGGACUGACCUCCAGCUUCCAGGAAUCCCGGUAUACCUCAGACUACUUUGUCAGCUAUGGCGUCGAGCAUGCCCAGUGCGUUCCCCCCUCUGAAUACUCGGAGCCCAGUUUCAUCACAGAGUCCUACCAGACGCUUCACCCCAUCAGCUCAGAGGAAUUACUGACACUCAAGUACGAGAGCGAAUACCCCGCUGUCAUCCUACGGGACACGCCCCUCAAUCCCCUGCAGGGUGACUACUUCUCUGUCAAACAGGAGGUGGUAUCCCCUGACAACAUGUGUGUGGGACGUCUGAGCAGAGGUAAGCUGGGCGGCCAGGACUCUUUUGAGAGCAUCGAGAGCUUUGAUAGCUGCGACCGUCUGACGCAGUCCUGGAGCAGCCAGUCGUCGUUCAGCAGUCUACAGCGGGUACCUUCGUAUGACAGUUUCGACUCGGAGGAUUACCCCACGGCGUUGCACGGCCACAAGCCCAAGGGCACCUUUAAAGACUAUGUGAGGGAACGUUCGGACCUCAGCAAAGACAAACCCGUCAUUCCGGCGGCGGCACUUGCAGGAUACACAGGCACAGGCCCCAUCCAGCUGUGGCAGUUUCUCCUGGAGCUGCUGACCGAUAAGUCUUGCCAGUCCUUCAUCAGCUGGACAGGCGACGGCUGGGAGUUCAAGCUUUCCGACCCAGAUGAGGUGGCUCGCAGGUGGGGAAAGAGGAAAAACAAGCCCAAGAUGAACUACGAGAAGCUGAGCCGCGGCCUGCGCUACUAUUACGACAAGAACAUCAUCCACAAGACGUCGGGGAAGCGCUACGUGUACCGUUUUGUUUGUGACUUAAAAAGCUUGCUGGGCUACACCCCCGAGGAGCUGCACGCCAUGUUGGACGUAAAGCCAGACGCGGACGAGUGAAAGUCCGCACAAACAUAAACAAGACAAUGAAGCCACAUGGACUGGCACUCAUUAAGUGAGCUUAACAAACAUUUAUUUGGGGGGGGAGGGGGGGGGCAAAAACGUGUUUAAUGACUAAACUAGUUUUGUCGUCGUAGUGCUUUUUGGAUGAAGUUUGAACAGGAUACAAAGCCAAAAUUGCGUUGGAGGUGUGAUUAUAUAUACAUUCUGCUAGUAUUUUUAUUUUUUUUGCAGAUGUAGGUUGCACCGUGCUGGUGGAGCACAGGACAAGAGGACCAAGACAGGCAACUGUUCAUUUUGUUUUUUUUUCCCAGCUUGGACCAAAAAAAAAAAACAAAAGAAA